CGCGGCGGCAGCCAGAUUGAUUCGGCCGCCUGCGGCCCCGUCUCGCGCAGCCAGGCCCGGAAGUGACGUAGGGAGACCGGCCCGAAGGCGGGCGGAGGGCGCCGGGAAGAGCCGCCAACGGCCCGCGCCGAGGCUAGGCAUGGCCGGAAGUGACGUGAGACAAAACGGGCAGGCGGCGGGGGGCAUCACGCCCGCCCCCCCCGGCCAGGACCCCUGCGCCCCCCUGCGCCUGGCCGCGGUGGCCGCCUGGCAGGUGAUGCGGGCGCGGCAGGUGCGCGACUUCCCGCGGGUGCUGGGGCUGCUGGAGGCCGUGGGGCAGGCGGCCCCCGACGUCGUCUUCUUCCGCCACUACGCCCGGCUGCGCCUGGGCCUGCAGGCUGCGGUGAUCAUGGGGAUGCUGCAGGAGGAGCAGCCGGACGGGAAGAUCUACGACGCCGUGGACACCUACUUCCCCGAGGGCGAGCACCGGCGCCACCCGCUGGCCACCGCCCGGGACCUGCGCCUGGUGGGCGAAGCCCAGGAGACCUUCCGGGAGCUGGUGCUGGGCCUGCUGAGUGACCGGCAGCGGCGGGAGACCUACGUGGAGGAGCAGCUGGAGGCCGAAUAUGGGGAGCCCUUCCUGGGGGGGCUGGAGGGGCUGCUCUACGAGUAUCUGGGGCGCCUGGAGAGCACCCUGCCCCCGCCCCAACUCCAGCAGCUGCAGGAGGCUGCCUGGAGCGAGUGCCCCCUGGCCGGCCCCCCCCAGCGCCCCUCGGAGCUCAGCGUCCUGGCCCAGUACCUCACGGACAUGGGCCACCACCAGCACACGGGCUCACCCGCCUUGCCGCUAGUAACCAGCAUGCCCUCCCUGCCCCCAGUGCCCGGGACGCCGGGGUCCCGCCAGAGGCGGAGCCAGGAGGGGGCAGCGCCCGCACAGGAAGAGAUGCCCCCUGACCUUGGCCUGCACUGCCAGCCGCCCGGAGAACAGGACCUGGACACAAGCGGGGACAUCGUGUGGGAGUCGGAAGAGGAGGAGAGCUGUGGCCCCCGCAGGAAGGCCAGCUACCAGUGCACGCGGUACAACACCCUGAUCCCCACCUUCUGCGACCACCUGGACCCCCCCAGCGGGUGCCCUGGCUGCUGCGCUCCCGGGCCCCUGCCCCCGCCCCACGGCACAGACGCACCAGCCUCCGGAGGGUGCCCCACAAAGCCUUUAAUUGGUGACACCAAAUAAACACAGUACAUGAUUCA